AUGCCGGGCGUCCAAGUGGCGAGCGCAUCCGCGACCCCAUCGAUGGACAUCCCAGGGCCGCAACGUCCCAAGUCUCACAAGACUCCCUCUCGGAAGGGAAUUGUCGUGCCUCAAAUGGACUUUUCUUAUUCGACACCGGGCUCUCCGGAGUCGAGCAGCACGGUCAUCGCGACACCCGCUCCUCCACUGACUCCGCCUGCCGCCCACCAAGACGAUCGUGUUGCGCAGGAAUCGAUACCGCAGAAGACGGCCACUCCCCAUGUUGAGACCACCUCCUCUGGCUUCUUGACACCGCGUCGACCGUCAAAACCUCCCACUCCGGAUGUGACACCGCCACGGAUGGGCUCCACCAAGCGUCCAACCCUCCAUCCGCUGGUGCAUUUGUCGGCCUCGUCGCGAGCUGAAUCCUUUCAAACAGCCCUGGAAAGUCUCUCUUCCGACGGCGAUAUGGAUACGCCCGAACGUUCCACAGCACAGCUGUCUUCCAAAAAGCCUACCAAGCGAGAGCCCUCAAGCAAGAAAAGGAACAAGGCGCCCGGUGAUUCCGCAAAAUCAAAGUUCUCCAAGCUGACGCCACCCUCCGCAUCGCAGCCCUUCAGUGAGACGGAUUAUGAAACAGGGUUCGAGUCUUUUGAUGGAAGCUGGGCCACCCCCAACCAGACAGGCGAUCUGCCAACCGUUCGCCUGGAUAAAGAGACAUCGCCGAAUACGCGGACGAUGUCGAUGCGGGCUGUUGAUGCCAAAACCCUUGAUGUACAGCGUCUUGAUGAAUCACUUGCAAGGGAACAGAACUUGCGAGACAGGAUCCAUAGUAAAGGCUCGCUCGGCGAGUCCCCUUCAAUGGAGCGUUUUCGUGAAGAGAUCGGCUGGCCCUCGUACGAUGCAGGCCAAUCUCCUCUCGAAGAUUCUGAGUCGCGUAGGAUCUCUGGAGUCUCCUCCACGUCCACUGUCGAAGCUUUGAUCAUUGACUCCCCCAAGAGAGCCCCUCGGUCUCUACGGCACACUGAAAAGAGAAGCUCGCUGCGGUCUGCAAGCUCGCCUGUCUCUCGGCCAGAGCGAACAUCAGCCGCCUCUAAUGUUUGUCCACAACCUCGUUUGCUCCACAAGGCAGCGCGCAUCACAGAGCACGAUCGCAGAAGCAUUUCAUCCGACGUUUCAUUUUCCGCUCAGACGACAGCGGGUCUCCAUCAACCACCAACCACCGUCAUUCCCGUAGUGGUGAUUCCCGAACGACGGUCAUCUUUGAAAUCUGGGCCCAGCAGCUUCACUUCGUCUAAACCUAGUUCUCAGCACUCCCAGCGGCGUCCACCGCUAGUCUCGUCGGGUAGCUUAGUGGACGUUCCUCCACAUAAGCCGCAAACAGUGUCGGACUCCGCAUCCGCACGCUCCCGAGACAUGGACUCGAGGUCUCGACCUAUAGGUCGGCCCAAGAUUCCACCUCGCAGUUCCUCGCUCUCUGCACCGACAAGUCGCAACAAUUCGCGAGCCACCUCCCUCACCUCUGAGAGUUUACGCAGUCACACCUUGGCAAUGGACACGGGGAUGCAAAAGCAGCAUGACUGGUUACCGGUCUCACCUCCUCGUCAUAAUAUUCUCGGGCCCAACGGUCGUGGGAAGGGUCUGCUGGAGGCGUCAAAACUACCCGAGAUUGUGUUGAAUAAUUCAACGGACGACAUGGCGGCUCUGCGCCCACCGUCUCUGCCAUAUACACAGUGGUCGAUUCCAUCGUCCUCACCCGGCCCGAUUGAAAUUCGUGAGGCGACGGCAGUCAGCAUGUUUGCGCAUCGCAACCGAUCGUUACUACUGGUCGAUCAGCGUCUACCUGUAAACCAGAGCGCAAUGUCUGGAUUGGGUAGAGUGGCAUCUCUUGGGGAGUAUCAUCCUCGAACGCCUGAAAAUCUUGUCGAGGAUCUGCCUUACAUGUUUGUUGAAUCCCCAUUAAAGAACCCUCGCCCGCCUCCAAAGCCUCCCGUUUCCAGGCCUCUCCCACCACUUCCGCCGACAGACGAAGCACCCCGGGUGGAGAGACCUGGCCUUGGUCGUCGCUGGACCUCUAUGAGACGCACAUGGACAUCCCGCCCUCGAUCAGACUCGUUCGGGGCCCUCACACGAUCCUUAUCGAUGCGAUCUGCCAAGAACCGCAAGGCUGGUAUUGAGAUGGACAGUCGUCUGCACCCUUUUUGGCGCCCACGUGGGUUUUGGGAGGAUAUGCCAGAAUCGCCUGAAAAGGGUCAAUCGGGCAGUCACACUCCGGCCGAUGCAAACUACAUCGGCAAUUCGCUGGGAAUCCCUCGUCAGAGGCUCAUAUUUGAGGGCUCCUCUGUGCUCGAUCGUCGCAGCCCCGAGAUGAAGCGUUACUUUAAUGGCAUGACGUCAACCAGUCACGGCAGUCUCGUCGAGUCUGGUGGUAUCUUGCGCACUGGAACGCCGUUGUACAAAACCCGCUAUGUUGUCUUGUCCCAAUGGCGUAUGCGCUGGCGGUAUUUGUCUGUGCAGGCUAUGCGUACUCGCUUUCGACGAAUGCGUCAGCGCCGUGAGGAGAGGAAACGAGCCGCUCGUCGUGAAAGCCUCAAGCAGAGCAUUGGUGGUCCGCUGCAUGUUGUCUCUAGCGCGCCUCAUGGCAGUAUCCAGUGA